AUGACAACAAAAUCAGCUCUUACAGUUUAUAAAAAUUUAUUACGUGAAUUAUCUAUAAAUAAUUCCUUAUUUUCGUAUCGAUUUUCACCAAUUUAUUUCAAAAUAAAAGAUGAAUAUCGUCGUUAUCGUCCAAUAACAUCAAAAUAUUGUAAACAUAAUGAUGAAGUGUUAUUUAUUGCACAAACUUAUUUAACUUAUUUACAAAGUGUACGUCAAUGUAAAAUAAUUCGGGCAACAUAUUCAAAAGGUGAAAAAACUGUUCAACAAGCAGCACGUAUUGUUGGCUUAGAAUUACCAAAAACAAUUGAUCGACCACAUUUACCAAUCAAUCAAAUAUCUGAAUAA